AUGUGGGUAGUACGUGGGGUUUUGCACGGUUGGCCUACUGCACUGGACCGCCGUCCCUUGCAGUGGGAGAGCCCGGGUUCAGGUUGGUGCGAAAGCGACUAUGAUCCCAACACAGCAGCUCCCUGUGAUACAUACCAGUGCGAACUGCCCAACUGUUUCUGUACGAAGAACGGCACCGAGACACCCGGCAGUCUGGUAUCUAUGCAGACUCCUCAAAUGAUAACGUUGACCUUUCACGGGCCGGUUAACCACGAGAAUUGGGACAUUUACUCCAAGCACCUAUUCACUCCAGACAAGAAGAAUCCGAACGGGUGUCCAGUGAAAGCAACCUUCUUUGUAUCCCACUCUUAUUCGAACUACAGACAUGUGCAGAAACUAUGGAACGACGGACACGAAAUUGCAGUAAAUUCAAUAACAAAUCGUGGCCCUGAAGAGUGGUGGUCAAAAAAUGCAACGGUGGAGGACUGGUUCGAUGAAAUGGUCGGUCAGGCCAAUGUAAUCAACAGGUUCGGGAGAGUACGAAUGGAAGAUUUCAGAGGCCUUCGCGUGCCUUUCCUAGCGGUGGGUUGGAACCGGCAGUUUCUGAUGAUGCAAGAGUUCGGCUUUGUGUACGAUUCUACGGUGGUGGCACCUCUCGUCGAUCCACCCUAUUGGCCAUAUACAUUGGAUUAUAAGAUGCCUCACACAUGCAACGUAAGCAAUCAGCAGUGCCCCACAAGGAGCUACGCAGGUCUUUGGGAAAUGGUCAUCAACCCAUUAACAAACGGCAACAGUACCUGCCCCACCUUGGAUCUUUGUCCCACGAAACUGAACCGUGGGGACGUAUACAAAGUACUAAUAAACAAUUUCAAGAGGCACUACCUUACGAAUAGGGCGCCUUUUGGCAUCCAUCUGAGCUCGACUUGGCUGAGAUCUAAUGAAGACUACCUAAUUGAAUUCAAGAGAUUCAUGACUGAGGUUCUGAGGCUACCAGAUGUCUAUUUUGUUACAAACCACCAAGCCAUUGAAUGGAUCAAGAGGCCAACUCCAGUACUUCAACUGAAAAAUUUUCAUCUGUGGCAGUGUCAAAACCGACAUUUUGUGGAUAGCGAAGUUGCAUGCACCCAGCCAAGGACCUGUAAAUUGUCAUCUAAAGUCCUUGCUCACGACAGAUAUAUGAUAACUUGUACAGAAUGCCCAAAAUCAUACCCCUGGAUAAGAAAUGAAUUUGGUGUAGAGUGA